AUCAUAACCUAUCUAUAUAUCUAAAAACAUGGCUGAACCAAUGGACCUUGAGGAUUCAUCAAAGUCUCCAAUGUCUGUGGAUGUUCUUCACAUCAUCAAUGAGGCACGAAUGACCUAUGGUCUUAGACAUCAAGACUAUCAGCGUUACCGCAAACAUUGCGCACAUCGUAUUGGACGUAUUCGACAGUUGCUCCACAUUGGACAAGACAUGACAAAAAAGAAUGCUCAGAGAAAAGAAAUCCCGGCCAAUGUGGACGACAAACGUUAUUUGGAACUCUACAUCUAUGAAGCCGAACGUGCCUGGGCAACUGCAAUGGAGCUAAAGGCAGAGGCAGAAUCAAGCAUGGGUACACGAAAGAGACACCACUUUACCCAAAAGUUGAAGAAGGCCGGACAGCAUACAGAUGCACUCUAUGCCCUUUGCCAGAAACUGUCUGUAGAUAGCAUCACGGUGUUGAACAUCAAGGCAUACGCAAUGACUAUGAAAGGAUAUUAUUAUAUUGAGCGAAAGCAAUGGCAAGACGCGUUGGAUCAAUGUGUAUCAGCAAGAUCUUUGUACGAAACCCUUGCACAGACAAGCAGUAAUGCUCAUCAGGAAGCAUUGUAUUACUCUGCGAUCGAUACCCUGGAUCCCAAUAUUCGUUUCUGCGCUUACAAGCUUCAGAUCGAUACAUCUUCCCAAGACAUGGAUGCUAUUACCAAGCACAUCAAACCCGUCACCGGAAUGGAAUCAUUGGAAACCGAAUUGGCCAAGGUAAAAGAAACAAGUGGCCAAGGGCAACACGAUCAGCAAAACUUCCUGAACCGUCGUAUUUCACAAACCAUCAACUGGCGCUCAAAGACCUUGACCGUCAAAAACAAGAAUCUUGCGGAUCCUAUCCAAAAGGCCGAAGAUUCUGUGCGUCACCUGGAUACUACGACAACAGCUCGAUCAGAAAAUGAAAACAAGACGGUCGAGAGCUUUGACCCCAUUCUGUCGCACUGGGCUGAGGCCGAGAAACAGGCCAGAAAGACAAUCAAGGAGGACAAGGAAGUCUCUGCAAAGGUCACUUCGUCAAAAUCUGUCCAGGCUAGUGAAGAGUUGGUGUGGAUCCAGGCAUUUGUGAUCUACAAUCUCUAUGCCAGAUCUAUUCAGCGCAACCUUGUGCUGGUCGAAGAAUUAAAGUCUACUAGAGGCAAGGAACGGGAGUUGAUCAAACUCUAUGAUGACAUAUUAAAGAAUGUGGAUUCUAUUCGGGACCUUAAUGUGGUUCAGGAAGAUGCUGCAUUUGAUCUUGAAUUAGAUACCCUUGCUCACUUUUACAGGGCACACAGAUGUGUUUACGUUGCACGUAUCUAUGCUGAAAAGGCAAUGACACCAGAGGCACUCUCUCUUUACCAGAGAUCUCAGCUUUAUGUUGUCCAGGCCAAACAGGGACUCCAGCAACUUGGAGGACAGUUUUCGGAAGAUGCUAUUCUCAAGGUGUCUGAUACAGAGCUCAAUUCUCUUGAGCAGACCAUCCGCACUGGAACCCACAAGGCCCAUGCUUCCUGGUACCUUGAGCAUCCUACAGACUCCGAAGACUAUGAGAAUGACUUGACCCACAAGAUGAACCAUCUCAAUCUUGAUAAGCAGGGUGAGACUGCACUUAUCAAUCGCUUGGAUGUUUACCCUGCCACACUGGCGACCAAUACUGGUUCGGCUCCUCAUCUUAUCGAUUUCCCUCCGGUAUUCCAACCUGUGGCCUGCAAACCUCUUUACUUUGAUCUUGCUGCCAAUCAGAUCAAGUAUCCCUCUGCACUCACUGAGCGUGCCGACAAGCCAGCUAGUAAACUAUGGGGUUUCUUUGGCUUUGGUGGAAAGUAAAAAAAAAAAAAUUAAAAUUAAAAAAAAAAAUCUGAAAAAAAAAAAAUGAUAAUGAUGUAUAUACAUAUCUAGAUCUAUAUACAAACAUUCUAAUAUACACAAGGACUAUUUUGAUUAAUAUUAUAUAUAUAUAUAUAUAUUUAAGCAAACAAACAAAGGC